UCAGUCUUAUUUGAACGCCUAAGCCAAUCACAUAUUUAAUGGAAAUUUUGCAAUUGCUUCUCUUCGGACUGUGCUUAAAUCUGUCAUUCGGUGAUCGUUUGUAUAGUGAUUAUAUCGAUGAUAUAUCGCAGGAUGAAAUUCGUUUUAAACCUGCACCCGAAAGGCAACAUCCAAAUUUUCAUAGACCCAUAGCGAAACGAAAACCCAAGAGCAAGCAACCGGUUACAACUGAGGGCUUGUGUGUGAGAAACUAUUACAAGAAGAAGGCAGCAGAGGAAAGAGAAAAUCCCACUAAAGAAUAUAAGCCCACGGGAAAUCGUUGGCAUGGCCCCAUUCGUUAUGGUAGAGAUCAGUUUCGCAAUAAAAAAACGAGCAGCAGGAAUCCCAAACAUAGGGAUAUAACACCGGUGGAAAGGAAAUUGCAUAAGUGUUACAAAUGGAUUAGUUCCGAAGAUAUUAAACGCUAUGAAUGGCCUGCCAUCAUACAAACAAAUGAAGAUGACAAUACUGUGCACAUUGAAAUUUGCUGCCCACAUUAUGGUCCUGUGCGUGUUAUGGGCAAUACCCUAUGUCAACCAUAUUGUAAAUCAUGUCAAAAUGGCAAAUGUGUUGCACCCGAAGUUUGUCAAUGUCAUGAUGGUUUUGUGCUAAACGACAACAAGGAAUGCGUCUUCACCUGUCCCAUUUCGUGUCUAAAUGGUCGAUGCGAUCUCUUGACUGGUUCUUGUCAAUGUAAUGGCGGCUAUAAGUUGGAUGAGACGGGCAAAUUUUGUCGACCUAUUUGCCGAGCGGGAUGUGGAGCGAAUCCAUUGCACAAUUGUACGGCACCCGAUGUCUGUGGCUGCGUUACUGGAUUUUCAUUGACCGAUAAUGAUUGUCAGCCCAUAUUGAAGGCUCCAUGGGGAAAGAGGCAUUAAAUAAAAUAAAAAA